AUCUUGAAAAAAAUUGCUUCACUUUGAUUGGCUAAUGACAUACGUUCAACUAGUAUAUAAUUCGGUUCAUGAUACCAGCUCUGAGUUUUACUCUUGCUCAGUCGUUCUGAACUUCUCUGUGAAACAUGUCUCUCAACAAGAUCCUUAUCCUGGUCGCGGCAUCCGCUAUCCUGAACUUUGUAAAUGCUCGACCAGACAGUGCUGGAAUGGUGGAGAUGACGAAUGGACUUGCCUAUGGCGGAAUUCCGUACGGUAGCGUCAGCGGAAUGGUGGCGAAAUACGGAAACUCGAAUACCGGCCAAAUCUCCAGCUACGCACCAGCCAAUCCUCGUUCAGCACCGUCGCUGGUCAUGAGUCAAAAUUCGAGAAGACCAUCGAUCGUUCCGGCUCCGGGAUCUGGAGCGCCUGUGCAGAUCUUCAGUCAUCCGGGCGUCGUGGCGCCAGGCGUUGUCGGCAUGAUCCAUUCGGUCGGUUAUCAGUAGUGUUAAAUUUCUGUGACGAAAUAAAUCCUUAUUUAUUACUUGCGAACACCA